AGCUUAGCAUGCUAGCCUCACAUAAAGCAGCCCUGCUGUUGCUAUGCAUUGCGUUCUGUUGCCAUGCAUUGACUUAUCACAAUACAUCCACAUAUUAUUGUGUGGCUGCUGCUAGCUGUGUUUCUGCCAAAGUGGCUUUAAUGGUCAUGAGAGGGAGCUGAGCUGCUGCCUCAGUGUCGUCAUUACUAGACUGGUUAGUUUAGAGGAGGUGGGGUGGGGAUGACCAGAUCCAAUGCGUCGGUUCUGGAGGAAAAAAAAGCAACCUUGACACACACAUAGCUACGCCUGGAUGGUGACAACAUGAGCUGCGACUUGGUGUGACAAUGCAUAACUCCCCUCUUUUCCAGUACCUGCAUGACCUAGGGCACACAGACUUUGAGGCAUGUCCAACGGCAUCGCAGGAGGACGAAUAUGGCGGAGAAGAGGGAGACCUCGCCUCUCCCGACGGAGAUCCACGGAAAACCUCAGGAGGACGCUUAUGGAGGCUGGCUCAAGCCUUGUGGAGAUGGAGUCCGAUCCACCAGGCGGCUGCGUCUCGUAAGAUGGGCCAGCAGCUGGACUGCGUUUUCGGCCAGUACUCGGUGAGGUGCAUUCUGGACCAGGACGUGCUGCUGCAGGAGGACGUGGAGCUGAUCGAGCUGUUAGACCCCAGUCUCCUCACCCUCUCCUCGUCUGCCUCCGGCUCGUCCAGCCGGGCGAGCACCCUGCCCAGACCGAGCCUCAUAGCCAGGCCCUCCCUAUGGGACAUGGCAGGGCUGGUCGGCCUGGCUGCGGUGCUGCUGGGUCUCUGCUCCGCGUCUGACGGCCUGUGGUCGUUGGCCGCGGUCCCGUGGGGCCUGGCGCUGCUGGGCUGGCUUGGUCUGAGGGGGGUCACUCUGUGGAGGCGGGGCCGCAUGCAGAGGGCCGUCCACACGCGGGCCACGCAGCUCCAGGCUCUGGUCCACAACAGCAAGAUGCUGACCGGGCUGGCUCGCAAAGCCCUGCGCCUGGUGCAGGAGACGGAGGUCAUCUCCAGAGGGUUCACCCUUUUGCUCGACAGGGUGAGUGCGGCCAACUCCUUUAGCAGGGCGGGGCCGGGGGCGGUGCCGAGAGGCCAGCAGCUCAUCGGACUGAGGAAGGCCCUGUACCGAUCGCUCCGCACGGCCUUCAGAGCCUCGAGGAGAGCCACCUGUCACAUGCUCAAGGCGUUCCCUCUGAACUCUGAGAUCGAUAACGUGACCAACUACGUGUCUGCGGUGCCUCUGAAGGAGCUGGGGCUCGGCCUGGGGAUCGAGCACCUGGGUGACGAGCAGGCUCAGGAGCUGACCGACGACUACAGCCUGCCCGCCCUGAAGAUGCUGUUCCAGCUGUGGGUGGGACAGAGCUCUGAAUGUUUCCGUCGGCUGGCUCUCCUCCUGUCACCCCGGAGGAUAGAGGAGCCAGAUGAGGGCGGACCCAGCGGCGACGCCUCCCCUCCUCCUCCUCCUCCUCCUCCUCCUCCUCCCCCGCUGCACCGCUCCAUCGGCGCGGUGACAGAGCCCCUCCAUCACGCUCUGACCAGCUGCCUCUGCGAAGUGCAGCGCAGCUACGACUUCCACCGCCACUUCGAGACCCAGCUGAGGACGACGGCCGAGGGCUCCGACAAGACGGGGAGAGCCAGGGAGAAAUGCCGAGAGCUCAACACCCUGCACACCUCCAUCAGGAGCCUGCAGCUGCACCUCAAGGCGCUGCUCAGCGAGAUGAUCAUCCUGGAGGACGACCUGGAGAAGCUGAUGGUGUCUAAGGAACCGGUGGAGUUGACGUUCGAAGGCUACCAGGACCUCAGUGACCGGCUGCACCAGCUGCAGCCUCACAUGCAGGCCAGCUCCGGCUGCUGGGAGGACACCGUCACCCAGGUGGACCGCAUGCUGAGACGGGUCACCGCAUGUUCAGGUAAUUCUGAGGGUGUGGAGCAGUGUGGUCCUCCUCUACCUGAGAUUCCUCCUCCUCCUCCAUCCUACCCGCUGAUCCUGGACAGAGACCCUGUACCAGAAGAGCUGGAGUGGGAGGCCUAUGUGUCAGAUUCCGACUCUGACGGUGAAGGCGGAGGGUCCUGGUGCGACAUCUUGUCACCGGAGGAACGGGAGCGGCAGCGCCGGGAGAGGGAGGAGUCCCGUCGCGUCCUGUCGGAGCUCAAAGCUGUGCUGGGCUUCCGCGCGUCAGACGGGGAGAGGAUGAAGAGGAAGCAGCUGCUCUUCAACGACCAAGCCGCUGUGACGCCUUCAGCUCGCAGUGAGAGUCCAGAUCCUGUCACAAAGCUGUUAGACGCUCCGACUUCUCUGGGAUGUGUAGAAAGUGGCGAUGAAGAAGGAAACCACUUUUCAGAGUGCUGUGCAGGAAAUGAAGGGGAGGAAGAGGAAGGGAAAGGCGGCAGUGUGAGGCCUGACCCCUCCGCUGAGCCUACGAUGGAGUUCAGCUGCGGUUUGGAAAAGAAGGACGGGGAUUUGGGAGGAACUUCGGUGUGUUCAAGAGGAGGAGGAGGAGAGUCGGAGCUGCACCAAUACGACGGUGUCCUGGGGGAAGGGGAGGGCCAGAACGGUCUGGACUGCUUCCUGAAUCCUAAAGUCAUCGCUGUCACCGUGAUGGACAGACUGACGGAGAUCCACGGCUCACAGGCUCUCAGCUUCAGCUCCGCCCUCGCCGCUCAGGUGGCGGCGCGCUCGCACUCGCACAUCGCCAUGGAGGAGCAGACGUUCGGAGAUGAUGAUGAUGAUGAUGAUGAUGAUGAGGAGGAGGAUGAUGAAGAGGAGAGCGACAGACGAACCACUGAGAAGGACUUAAGUUAAACCCCGCUGCUUUAACGGAGCACUGAGCAGAGACCCUAUUUAUGUCUGAUCGUCUGGGUGUCUUCUGUCGAUGGGUCUGUGUUUGUUUCUGGUGUGGAAGCAUUUCAAAUUUACGCCUCAUCCGUCCAUUUCACUGUACAUUAUUACCCACAAUUCUUACUGCUCUUUUGCUGUUAAAACUCAGGUACCAGAACCACUAAAACAAAAUAUGACCUUACAGUGUUUGAGGUCAGAAGACCAGAAUGUCUACAGUUUGCUUGAUGACAUCCACACAGUGUACUGUAUGUUGUUCACAGUCGUUCAGUCGGUGUGGAAACAAAGAUUGUAGGAAACAAGUGAUUGGCUCCAUACAUAAAAAAUAAUAUGUUUUUUGAGAAGAAAAUGGUUUUAAUUGCGGUUUUCAAAUCACAAUCUGAGUUACUGUCAGGAAGUUUUGGGCUUAAAGAGUUGAAAGGUUGAGAGCUAUAUCCUGAGAUACGGUGGUACUUCUUCUUUCCUGCGCCGCACGAAUUGACGCGUAGAGCUGCCUGCGUGAUUUUAAAAAGUUUCAUCUUGAGCGAAAAAAUUCGAUCUUAUCUCUGGGCUUCAUGAAACGUAUAGAGAUGAGAGGAAAGAGGCUAUACCACGAUGUAAAAAUACUCAAGUAAUAUCCUACAUUGAGAAUUCAACUAAACCUAAAUAUUGCCAACAAAAUGUAGUUAAAGUAUUAAAAGUAAAAAUUACUCGUAAAACAAUAGCCCAGUUCAGAGUAUUUGCAAAACAGACUUAAAAAAACAGUUGUUUUUUUUCAGGAUUUCAGGGGAUCAAAUUUGUUCGUAAAGUUACAAUCUCGAAGAUCUCCUCUUCAUUCUCUUUAGUGCCUCCUAUGGCGAUAAGCGGUAAUUGCAGGUUUGUUUUUGGAUCCAAGAGAUCCAAACCGUGUCCACUGUGUGACGAGUUGUUCUUUGGAUUUGCACUUGUUUUUGAAGUUUCAUCAUCUGUAGUCAUCCCUCUUUUCAUUGUUUGUUCGGCCAUAGUAACCGUUUACUCGCAAGGCUAGCAGAGACCAGAAAAACAGUCCAUCGCUGAAGAGUCUGUUGCACCGCCUACCCUCUCUGGCAGACCAACCACUGAUAACUGUUCACCGCUUGUGAUUUUUCCCUUGAAUGCCGCCACAGACACCUGGCUUUCAUCAGCGGACUAUAGGCUCAAUCACCAUUGUGUUACCUCAUUUGGCCAUAAAUAGUGACUUAACAGACAUUUAUUUCAAUUUAAAUCUUCGAGAUUAUUACUUUUAAGUACAGUACUUGAGUAAAUGUCAGACAGUUAUAUGCUCACACAAAGUGUGAGGGGGAGCUCUGCAAGAAGAGGAAGUAGAAUGCUAUUUUUACUACCAGCGCUUUAUUUUUGUCUGAUCCAUCUCUCUACUUGCUGUCUGACUGGACGCAAUGGAGGUCGGACACAUAGCUGACCAUUAUGGAGGACUAAAGCUGCCAUUAUAAUAAAUAAAUGACUCAAUAAAUAAAUGAAGUAAAAAAA